AUGGCGCCUGCACACGCUCUGUAUACGGGGUCCCAGCCUAGCCCUUACAAAGAUACAGUCCCUGGUCUUUGGGACAAUGGAAGGAAGAGUGGUAUUGAAACAUUUUGUGAUUUUUUUGGAAAAGAUAAUGGCUAUGAAGGCAUGGUGGCAGACAGUCCUUACAAAUACAACAUGACAUUUAUUUACCCCUUCUUCACCAGAGGCAGACCUUUCCCACUGCAAUUGCUUUUCUUUGGCACAUUAUUCUGUAUCUAUAACGGCUUCCUCCAGGGGUACUACCUGAUUUACUGUGCUGAAUAUCCAAACGACUGGUGCACCGACAUCAGAUUUACAUCAGGCCUCCUCUUAUUUCUGCUGGGAAUGGGAAUCAACGUUCACAGUGAUCUCUUGCUGCGCCAGCUGAGGAAGCCUGGGGAAGUCACUUACAAGAUUCCUCAAGGGGGACUGUUCACCUAUGUUUCUGGAGCCAACUAUUUUGGAGAAAUUGUGGAAUGGUUUGGUUUUGCCAUAGCAACCUGGUCCCUACCAGCCUUCGCCUUUGCCUUUUUUACUCUUUGCUGCAUUGGGCCACGUGCUUAUCACCAUCACAGGUACUAUCUCAAGACAUUUACGGACUAUCCAAAAUCAAGGAAAGCCUUGAUUCCUUUUGUUUUUUAA